CCACUAUUGUUACUAUAAUUACGGUCCGAGUUUUGCUGUCGGAGCAUCGGGUGUGACAGCAAGAGGAGACGAGACCGAUGUUGCUUGCGCAUUUUAUGUUGUGCACUCAGGCGGACAGCAUCCAAAGCUUGCGUCUUUCGUAUUUUUUCGCAUCAAAUCUAAAAGAACGACUUGUGGGAAGUGUCACAAUGACGGACGAGGUGGGGAAUGGCCCUGCCGAAAUUCGAGAGGUAGAUAGGACGUUGCAUGAGAAGAUGUCUCGCUUUUUCCGAGGAGAACGGAGCGGGUUCGUGGAAGUGGGGCCCGAUAAGUAUUUUCUACCGAAAAAGUAUGAAGAGGAUGCAAUGAAACUUCACUCAUUCCGACCACGACCGGAUGAUACGUGGAUUGUUACUUUUCCCCGCUCAGGUACAACACUUACUCAAGAACUAAUAUGGCUCAUAUCGACUGGAUUAGACUUCGAAGGGGCCAGAGCUACACCCUUGUACGAGCGGUUCCCAUUCAUUGAAUUCAGCACAACUGUUUGUGAUGAUAUGAAAAAACAACUUCUCACCGAAGCUGGAGAUGAUACUACUAGGAGCACUGCACUUGCCGAGGCAUGUGUUCCUGCUUAUGAAAUUCUCGAGAGAGCAGAAUCACCAAGGUUCAUAAAGACGCAUCUUCCAUUUUCUCUUCUCCCACAAGACCUUCUGCAAAGUGGCGCCAAGGUGAUCUAUAUUGCAAGGAAUCCAAAGGAUGUUGCCGUCUCGUACUUCCAUUUACACAAGUUUUUCCGCACUUUGGAUUUUAAAGGCGAUUUCAAUCAGUUCUGGGAUUUUUUUGAAAACGACCACGUUUUGUGGGCUCCAUACUGGUCUCACAUCAAAGAAGGAUGGCAAUCACGCUCCAAUCCGAACGUUUGUUUCCUAUUUUAUGAAGAUAUCACGAAAGAUCUGCGUGGUGCCAUUAAGGUCAUCAGUCACUUCUUGGGGAAAGAAAUCUCACCCGAGGGUACAGAAAAACUUUUGAGCCAUUUAAACAUUAAGAAUUUUCGAUCUAAUUCGUCAGUCAACUUUGACCCACUGAGAGAACUAGGAUUCCUGCAAGGUGACUCGCGACUCUUCAUUCGAGAAGGUAAAACGGACGGAUCACGCGAUUACUAUUCCUCAGAGCUCUCAAAGCGAGUGGAAAAAUGGGUAGAAGAAAAUAUCAAGCAAAUAAGCGGAUUUCAGUUUCCAAAGAUGCUCAAUCAAUCUGGAUAAAAUCAUGACCCUCCGGUGCAAUAUGAUGUUGUUAAGCAUAAUUUUUUUACGACAUUUGUUCAUUAAUUUAUAAUCAUAUCUCAUUUAAUUAGUUUGUUAAGUUUUGAAUCUUUGCAACGACACCAAAGCCACGCCAAAAGCUGCAUUGUUACUUUAUUUUUAAACUCUUCCUUGGUUGGAUGUUGAAAAUAUUUCCCAUUAUGCGUGCCCUUUUUGCAGACGCUGAUCCAGUUACCUCGAAUUGGUGUGGCGCAAUUACGUACAGAUGAAGGUAUAUAACGCCCAAUUUAUUUAUUUAUUUAUUUACUUUUAUUUUUUAUUUUUUUAACAUUUUAGUAAAUGUUCUAAAAAAUAAACGAUUAAAAUACUUGAAGAAAAUAUAUUACUUUAUAGCUUUAUCAAAUAUAUUAUAAUUAAAAACAUUUAUGUAUAUUAAAACAUAGACUUAUCAUUUGAAA